AUGAGCACAACACUGGAGUGUAAUGCAUCAACAACAUCACUCUCAAACUGUAAACAUCUAGAAUCAUUCAUUCAACAACAACAACAAGUACAGGUACAAGUAGUACUAGAUGAUAAACAGGUAUUAGUAAAUACAUGUAAUAUAUGUAAUGAUAAUAGUGAGAAUUGGAUAUGUAUCCAAUUAGCGUCACUCUCCGAUCACAGUGUAUGGUGUUAUCAAUGCGAAUCAUAUGUCGAGCAUCCUAACCUUGCUCCAUAUCUUGAGAUACUACAACAUGUCAUUCAACUAAAGUCAACUACUUCUACUACUUCUACUUCAACAUCUACAACUGCUACGGCAUCACCAUCGAUAUUGAAGAUUAGUACACAGACAGAGAGACUAAAGUCAAGUGGAGGUUUGAACAAGUCAUCACAUUUGGAUAACUUCUUGGAGUUUGGAGAUGAUGAAGAGGAUGACGAGUUGAUGUUGAAACAACAACAGGAGAGACAACAGGGUGGCGGACUGAUACAGGCUGUGAUGGAUAUGUUCUUUGGAUCAAGACUGCGUCCACAUCCAAUGCUGAACGAGUUGUCGCUACAGGGCGUAGCCAAUCACAUCAAGGCAGGCCACGCCAAGAAUAUAGUGGUGCUGACAGGCGCGGGCAUUAGUGUGGCGGCAGGAAUACCAGACUUUCGAUCUCCAACCUCUGGACUCUAUUACAAUCUGGAGAAGUACAACCUACCCUACAAGACAGCCAUCUUUGACAUUGAGUACUUUGCUGAGAACCCCAAGCCAUUCUUCCUAAUUGCCAAGGAGCUGUAUCCUGGCAACUUCCAACCAACACCUGUACAUCACUUUAUCAAACUACUUCACGACAAGAAUGUGUUGCUGAGGAACUACACUCAGAACAUUGACACCUUAGAGAGACAAGCAGAUGUUCCGGAUUCAAAGUUAGUGGAGGCACAUGGAUCAUUCGCCACAAGCAAGUGCCUAUCUUGCAAGAAGCAACACUCCAAGGAGUGGGUCAAAGAUAUUAUAUUCAAGGAUGAGAUACCAAGAUGUACAGAAUGUGAGACUGGUAUUGUGAAGCCAGAUAUUAUAUUCUUUGGAGAGCCAUUGCCAGCGAGGUUCACACAUUUGGCAAGGGAGGACCUGUCAAAGUGUGAUCUGUUAUUGGUGAUUGGUACAUCAUUACAAGUACAACCAUUCGCUUCAUUAUUAUCGAUGGCACCAACGAAUAUACCAAGAUGUCUGAUCAAUAUGCAUGAGGUUGGUACCAAUGCCCAUGGAGGAUUCAAAUUCGAAGCCUCCAACAACAAGACCGAUGUCAAAUGGAUUGGUGAUUGUCAACAGGGUAUCAAAGAACUAUCACGUCUAUUAGGUUGGCAAGAUCAUCUCCAAUCAAUAAUAAAUGGAAAUGGCAGCAGUUGA